CGAGUGAGUUCAAGAUCUGAUAUAUGGUCCUGCUUCUGAGUGAGAGAGACGCCAAGUUUCAUAUAGCAGUAGAGGAAGAAACCGAAGCUCCCAGUUCUACACCCAAAAGAAGCAGAGCUCUCUUUGCUCUUUCUCUGUCUUUCUCCCCAGUCUCUACCAGCACACAUUUUAGCACAGUUAAAGAGAAAGAAAGAAGGAAAGAAAAGGCUGAUCUCCACCACCCAAGAAAGAGAGAGCGCCUUAACAAUUGAAUCUUUACUCGAGCUGACCUAAAACCAAUGGGGGAGAAGGAGAAGAAGCCCGAGGAGAAGAAAAUGGAGGAGAAGAAGCCUGAGGAGGUGAAAAAGCCUGAAGAGGAAAAGAAGGCUGAGGAGAAUAAGAAGGAAGAGAAACCAGCUGAGGAGAAGAAGGAAGAGAAGAAAGCUGAAGAGGGUAAGGAUGGCAAAGAGGCCAAAGAGGGUGAUGCUCCGCCACCUCCGCCACCACCUCAAGAAAUUGUGCUCAGAGUCUAUAUGCAUUGUGAAGGUUGUGCUAGAAAGGUCAAGAGGUGCCUCAAAGGCUUUCAAGGGGUGGAAGAUGUGAGCACAGAUUGCAAGAGUCACAAGGUGGUUGUCAAGGGAGAGAAGGCUGAUCCAAUCAAGGUUCUUGAGAGAGUUCAGAGGAAGAGUCAUAGACAAGUUGAGCUUCUCUCCCCAAUCCCAAAACCACCAGCUGAGGAGGAGAAGAAGCCGGAAGAGAAACCCAAGCCGGAGGAAAAGAAAGAAGAGCCUCCUCAGGUCAUCUCUGUGGUGCUCAAGGUUCACAUGCAUUGCGAGGCUUGUGCACAAGAAAUCAAGAAACGCAUUCAGAGGAUGAAAGGAGUGGAAUCAGCAGAACCAGAUCUAAAGGGAUCACAAGUGACAGUAAAGGGUGUGUUUGAUCCGGCCAAGCUAGUUGAGUACGUGUACAAAAGAACCGGCAAGCAGGCAGAGAUAGUGAAGCAAGAGCCGGAGAAGAAGGCUGACAAAGAAGAAGCCAAAGAGGGAAGUAAAGACGGGAAGAAAGGUGGUGAAGAAGGUGGCAAGGACAAGAAAAGUGGUGAUGGUGGAGGUGAGGCUGCACCACCAGCUGAAGAUAACAAAGAAAAGAAAGGUGACGGCAAUGAAGGUGGUGCUGCAGCUUCUGUUGCACCAGAAGGCGGAGCAGUUACAGAAGAGACCAAGGUUGGUGAGCUCAUGAAGAUAAACGAGUACAACUACUACCCACCAAGGUAUGCCAUGGAACUGUACGCCUACCCUCCACAGAUCUUCAGUGAUGAGAACCCAAAUGCAUGUGCUGUUAUGUAAAAAAUGAACAAUGAGUGGGAAUUGGGGGAGAAACUGUUGAAUAUUUGGGUGCUGGAUUUGCUACCCUACUUACCCUGUCCUAUUCUACUACAUGUUCCCCGCUGUUACUGUGUAGUAGUUUUUCUUACUUGUUAUGAACUAAUGCUCUGCCUACAGAGAUAAGCUGUAGAAUUUUGUGAGUCUGCUGCUCUGUAUUUUCUGUUUUAGUUAAACUUGUUAUAUAUAAGUAUAAAAACCAGUUCAUAUAGUAUAAUGGAAUGUACGUAUAAAACCUUUGCCUUCUACUCCAAGUCAGAUAAUUCACAUAACAGCAAGAUCACUCUUGCUCGAGUAAGUUUAAC